AUGAAGUAUUUGACGCCACGUCCUGCUCAUACCGAGAUCGAGCACUUCCUUCUCAUCGAGGACUACUCGGAAGCUGCCACCGACUACACCAUUUUCCAACAGGCUCAGAUGUCUCGCAUGAAUGCUCCCUACAACAAGCAGAACCAGGAAUUGGCCAAUGAAUUCCUCCCUCACUUUCGUGAAACCUAUAACGUUCGGUCCCGUUGGGAACAAAGCGAGUUCUCGGAAUGCUACCUACACCCUAGAGAAAUUCCCGAAACUGCCUCAGUUCCUGGCCAUCCAGGAGUGCCAGGAUCCUGA